AUGCGAACACAAUUUUUGGUCCUCGCGAUUGGGACGCAUGGUUUGGUGUCUUCCAAUGCCAAUGACGGUCGUUUGGGACCAGACCAUGAUGUGGCCAUGCUGAACUUAAUAGGAUCGAAAGACGUGCUGGUUCCAGAUGUUUUAGGACAAGAUGUUUUGGAGGUGGCGGAUGUUGCAGCUCAGAGUUCUAGCAACGAAGUAAGUGACAGUAUCGAAGGUGGUGAGCUAGUGAGCCAUGAGUCGACUGGCAAGAACGAAAAGUCGACUGGCAAGAACGAAGAGUCGACUGGCAAGAACGAAAAGUCGACUGUUGCCGGGACCCCGAGUGUAUUUUGGGCCCCGGAUGUACCAGUGGAUGCGACUUGGGAGGCAAUUCGAGGUAUGAGCGAUCCGGAUGGAAUAUGCGAAUUGCUGGACAAAGGCGUAUGGCCCGGUGUCCGGUGUUGGCGGGACGCCACUACGAAGAAGAUUAUUAAGAACAGCGGUGCUUUCGGGAUGGGUGUUCGAAUUACUAUAAUGAAUCCAUCAUCAGAGUUGUGGAAGAUAUCACACCCAUCGGACACUGUUCCUGAUUAUGACUUGUUCGUUGACUGUGCUUUACGUGCAAAAAAUACAACCGAAAAUAAACAGAAUUUACCGGAGGGAUAUGUUUUCCCACAAGACAAGUAUCAUCUAAUACCCGAAUGUGGUCAAGACAACUUAAUUCCGACAGAGGAACGAUCAGUCUCUGUGUUUUGGAAAUUGGUUAAGAAGACUGCUACUAUAUCAACAGCUAAAUUUGAACAGCAAUUGGAGGAAUUAAAGGGAGAACAAAUUAAAGGAAGAAUAUUAGCGAACGCUGGAUAUAUCCCUUCCGUAUAUGCUAUGUAUCGGCGACAUACAGAUCCAGAAACGGGUCGAACAGAGAUGAAGGCACAUCCUAUUAUGAAUGGUUUCUUAAUGGAGUUUGCUCCAGGCACAACAUUUGCUAUGGUACAUGACUUCCCUCGUAAAGAUAUUGAUGAUAUGGCGGGAGUCGUACAGCAGCAGCAACGCAACACUAAAGUCCUGGAGCAAGAAGUGAUGCCAGCACUUCUUACGACAGCCAUUCAGCAUGUUAAACAUAUGAUUUCCAGUAGUUAUAGCUUAUGGGUGUUUUUUGAGGAUUUAUGGAGUCGUGGAGUGUUCCAUUGUGACGGUCAUAGUGAGAAUAUUAUGCUUCAAUUCGGUGAAGAAUCUGAAGGGUGGCGAACGGAUUAUAGUCCUGGAGAAUUUUCAUUGUCAGGUUGGUGGACUCAAGGAUUAUCAAAUGCAACUAUUGCAACCUUGAGGCUUACAGAGGCCAGGCGAGAACGUCUGAGUACUCGGACGUUAUCAUAUGACAUCCAGAAGUGGGUGCUGAUCGAUCCCGCUUUCGCUCUUACUCUUGGCAUAUUGGAGAAGGGUCCUACCGAUGUAAUCCAUAUGGACAAUGUAUGUCUUCAAUACUAUGAGGAUCGAGAGGAAGACAUCAAUAAUGUGUUUGGUAUGCAGACAUUGACUAUGCUCCGUCUAGCUGAACUUAAGCUGGGGCUGUGGCAAAAUGAGGCUAUAUAUCGCAAGGCUCUCACUGCAUCUGCAGCUGGCUUAAGUUUGAAACGACAGCUCUUUUGGGAAUCGGAGUUCUAUCGCAUCUUCGAAGAUGUUAUGGAAAUUGACGAAUGGCUAUACAGACUCAGUCUGUUGCCAGCUUCACGCAGAUGCUUUGGGGAACGACAUGUCUUCCAGGAUUUGAAAGCAUACGCACACAUGGGGGCAGACAUCUGGCGAAACUUGUACACAGGCGCUCGCGGAUUCACCAAAGUCGCUGGAGGAGCUGCCUGGGGUGAUGUCUAUCCAAAAUGCACUAUCCAGGACGCUCUGCAAAUAGCACGAGUUAAUGUCCUAUAUUUCGCAAAACAGCAACAGAGACUCCAGCAAAACUUUGGCAGACUCAAUCCUGACAUUCCUGUCGGCAAAGACAUCAUGGCCUUCUGGCCUAAUCUCUCGACAGAAAACGAAAAAGAGCUAGCAACUCAGGACCGACGUACUCACGAUCGAAGAGGAAAAGAGAUAAAAAAUCUCGAGCCGGAAGCACAGCUCAUUAAGCUUCGCAACAUAAAAUAUGACCAAGUGGAUGAGGUGUUCAGCUACCGAUACUCGUCCAAAGUGUGCUAG